AUGGAGAGCACUGUAGGGCACCGGAUCCUGCUGGCACUGCUGCUGUGGAUCCCAUUCCUGGUGGGAACAGCAGGAGACGGAGCCAAGGACAGCCAGGAGAGAUUUCAGGGCCAUGCCAGCGCUGCCACCGGAGAUGACCUGCUGUCUCGACUGGGACAUGCCAGCUGGAACACCCUGGAGAGCUGGGUGGGACCUCAGCCCCUGCGCAUGGUGGCAGAGAGCCUCUCCACCACCCUCUGGAUCGUUUCCUCUGGGAUCUCUGCCGCCCUGACCACACUCUGCGGCAUCCUGGGAGACCUUCUGGCUGUUUCUAGUAUCAAUGGCCACCGACUGCUCCGUGGGGCAGCGCUGAGCCCCGGGGAUGUGCAGCAGAUGCUGCUCUGG